CCUCGGCUAACGAUGGACUGACAAUUCCAUGCGACAACGACUCGAGAAUACUUCUCUAUCUCGUCUCUUAUCUUAACAUUUUAUUUAAUCAUUCAAUAACGCGACAACUAAAAGUGCUGCUCUCCUGCUGCUAUUACUACGAUUUACUGAAUACGCAAGUAUGGAUGCCGAGAACUUUAAACAAUUUGCCAAUGGAAUGAUAAGUUAUAUCACGGAUUACCUAGAAAAUAUCAGAGAUAGGACGGUUUUACCAACGAUCGAUCCGGGAUACAUGAAACCACUUUUACCCCCGGAAGCACCUCGUACUGCAGAAAAAUGGGAGGAUAUUAUAAAUGACGUAGAAAGAGUGAUAAUGCCAGGUGUAACCCAUUGGCAAAGUCCGAAAUUUCACGCUUAUUUCCCCACCGCCCAAUCGUAUCCAGCUAUUGUUGCAGACAUGCUUAGCGGAGCUAUUGCAUGUGUUGGAUUUACUUGGAUGGCAAGUCCAGCUUGUACGGAAUUGGAAGUAAUAAUGCUCGAUUGGUUGGGACAAAUGUUGGAUUUACCGAAAGAAUUUUUAGCUUGCAGUGGUGGCAAAGGAGGUGGCGUCAUUCAGGGAACAGCAAGCGAAGCAACAUUAGUCGCUUUACUCGGUGCCAAAGUUAAGAAAAUUAAGGAAGUUAAGGAACAGCAUCCUGAAUGGACCGAGGCCGAAAUCAUUGAUAAAAUGGUCGCAUACAGUUCCUGUCAAGCGCACAGUUCGGUCGAACGAGCUGGUCUUUUCGCUGGCGUGAAAUUUCGUUUAUUGAAGGUCGAUUCGAAAAAUAAAUUACGCGGUGAUACUUUGGCCGAGGCUAUUCGCGAAGACAAAGAGAAAGGACUAAUACCAUUUUACGUCGUCAUUACCCUAGGAACAACAAAUUCAUGUGCUUUCGAUCGUUUGGACGAAUUAGGUCCGAUAGCUAAUCGAGAAUCUGUCUGGGCACACAUAGAUGCUGCAUAUGCAGGUUCCGCUUUUAUUUGUCCGGAAUUUCGUUACUUAAUGAAAGGCAUCGAAACAGCAGACUCGUUUAAUUUUAAUCCUCACAAGUGGCUGUUGGUUAAUUUCGACUGUUCCGCCAUGUGGUUCAAAGAUCCAACUUUCGUAAUUAACGCCUUUAAUGUCGAUCCAUUGUACCUGAAAUACGAAAUGCAAGGAUCAGCUCCUGAUUACAGGCAUUGGCAAAUUCCUCUCGGUCGUAGAUUCCGAGCACUUAAACUAUGGUUCGUUUUGAGAAUUUAUGGGGUAGAAAAUCUUCAAAAAUAUAUCAGAACUCACGUUUCUCUGGCUCACGAAUUCGAGGCAUUCGUUCUUUCCGAUUCUCGUUUCGAGAUCAUCGCUGAAGUUGUUCUUGGAUUGGUUUGCUUCAGAUUGAAGGGAUCCAACGACGUGAACGAGACACUGCUGAAAAGAAUAAACGGCGCUGGAAAGAUUCAUUUAGUUCCAUCAAAGAUAAAUGACGUAUUUUUCCUUCGUUUGGCAAUAUGCUCGCGAAUUACUCAAAGCAGCGAUAUACUUUACUCAUGGAAGGAGAUUAAACAAAGGGCCGAUGAAAUAUUAGAAGAGAAUUCGGUUUCCAAGUGAUGGCGCGCUCAAAUAGCUCGUGGUUGCAGAUCGUUAGCACCGGCGACUUGCAAUCAAUCAUAGUUAUGAUUUUUAUUCGUAAAACCCACCUUGACAUAGAAAUAAUUGUUCUCCUUAGAAAAUGUUUUAUCUAAAAUCAUUAACACUCUCUUUUCAUCCGAGGCUCAUUAUUUUACACACAUUUGAGUUGUUUUUUUUUUUUAAAUAAUUUUUACAGUAUUAUUUUAGCCUUUCAUUAAUAAUUCAAUACCCUGACAUUUAAUAUUUUUAAUUAGGAAUAUUCAUAGAAUAGCUCGAUCGUUUUUAAACGGAUGAUGGAUAUUAAUCACAAAGUCGAACAUUUUUACUAACAGUUCCUAUUAAUAUUUUCUGUUAUGUUUUCGUAUAAUUUAACACAGUGUAUUAACGUAACUAUUCUCACAUAUCAUUAUAAACUUAAUAAUUAUUAUAAUGUGCUAGUUCCUCGUUUAUAUUUCUAAACUCGUAUUAAUAUAUUAGUUUCGUGAUAUGAUGAUCAGAUAAAUAUGUUUGCAUCAAAUGUGAGCUAUAUUAAAAGGUAUUAUAAUUUUAUAUUCUUAACUAUAAUCUACUUUUAACUUGGUUGUGUGUCUACUUAUUGCCCACCGAAAUAUUCGAUAUAUUGAAUAUAAAAUAAUCAUAUCGUAUGUAAGUUCUGUGUGUUAGGUAUCGUUCGGAAUCGUCGAAAUCUCAACACUUGUUAAAACGUAGCACAGAGAUUAGGAAAAUUUUAGAUGUAUUAGAAAUAAGUUAGAGUUCGUAGAAGCGCUACAAUAAAUAAUUCAAUUUUUUUGCGCGAGAUAUUAUAAAAAUUAAAUUUGUAUUAUUAAGUCAUCUAACUCGCAAUUGUUGUUUAGCAGCACUAGUUUAUCCGUACACAUCCUGUUAAAGUGUUACCGCUCGUGUAGGCAACGAUUUGAAUUAUGUUCAUCGAUGGGACCACUGGAGGAUAAUAAAAUUUACAAAAUGCGCUUCAUAUCGAUCGUCCACGUCUAUAUUACUAUUAAAUGAAAUCUGUUUUAACAUUGUUAUCAAAUAAUAAUUGAAAUAUAUGCUGAUUUAUGUUAACUGCA